UCCUGCACUAAAAGGGCUCCUGUUGCAUGCGGGAGCGGAGUGGAUGAUAGUAGUGGGGAGUUCAGUAAAGUGUGCUACAGACUCUCCUCCCGGGGAGCGGGACACGGGCAUACGAUAUUUAUUCUUGUUCAAACAGACGUGAGAGAAUGAGGCUUGCAACGUGGAAAUAAGUUUAUGGGCUCCUCAGAUAAAGCUGUAUCCGAAGCUGGUAGGCGUUCCCCUUAAGGUUCGGAGGUUACACACAGCAGUGUGUCACUACAAGGGCCGGACAGGCGCCGAGCACCUGUGGUUGAUGCGCCAUCUAAAGGACCCGUUUGUGAAGGCCGCAAAGGCGGAGAGUUACCGCUGCCGCAGCGCCUUCAAGCUCCUGGAGAUGAAUGAGAAGCAUCACAUCCUGAGGCCUGGGCUCCGGGUGCUGGACUGCGGGGCAGCUCCCGGGGCCUGGAGUCAGGUGGCAGUGCAGAGCGUCAACGCCACAGGAGCAGAUUCCAGCUCUCCCAUGGGCUUCGUGCUCGGGGUCGAUCUUCUUCACAUGUUCCCUUUGGCAGGAGCAACUUUUCUGUGCCCUGCUGAUGUGACUGACCCCAGAACUUUCCAGAGAAUUUUAGAACUGCUUCCCAGAAGGAGAGCGGAUGUGAUUCUGAGUGACAUGGCACCGAAUGCCACUGGGAUCCGAGACCUUGAUCAUGACAGGCUCAUAAGCUUGUGCCUUACCCUUGUGGACAUGGCUGUGGACAUCCUGCACCCCGGGGGGACACUGCUGUGUAAAACCUGGGCCGGAAGUAAAAGCCACCUGCUGCAGAAGAGACUAGCCCAGGAAUUCCGAAGCACAAGGGUCGUGAAACCGGAGGCUAGCAGGAAAGAGUCCGCAGAGGUCUAUCUGUUAGCCACACAGUACCAUGGGAGGAAGGGCUCCACCAAGCAGUGAUUCUGCCCCGCCCUUCCGGGAGCGCGUCUGUCUGGAGCGUGGAUCCAAGCUGAGUUGUGGAUAUGAACAGCACCCCGAGGCACUGGGGUUUAAGAGAUUAAAAAAAACCGUAUUCAAGGACUGUGAACGAGUGCUAAGAAUGGGGCGCACAAUGGCUCAGUGAGAAAACGGGGCUUGCUGACGCCAGUGCAGUCUCUGGGACCCCUGUAGCAGCAAGAGAGAACCAACCCCUGAAAGUUGGUCCUGACCCCCCACAUGCGGGGGCGCGCACACACACACACACACACACACACACACACACACACACACACACACACCGCACACAAUAUAAACAAGUAUAUUGGCCAUUUGACACAAACCUACCUAUGUCUGGGAAGAAAGAAUCCGACUGAGGGAUUGCCUCUAUCAGCUCGGCCUGUGGGUGAGCAUGUGAGUCUUGAUUACUGACUGAUGGGGGCGGGGCAGCCCUGUGGGGGGAGGGGUGCAUUCCUAGGCAGGUGAGCCUGAGUUGUAUGAGAAAGCGGGGUGAGCAAGACUGAGGAACAAGCCAGUAAGCAGCACCCACACCCCGCGGUGGCGGUCUGGUCUCCCGUUGAAUUACAGCCUCCAGGUUCCCGCCCUGAGAGCCCACUUUGAUCUCCUUCGGUGAUGGACUGUGGUUGGGAUGAGUGAGCCAAAGGAACCCUUUCCUCCCAAGGCUUUUAAGUGCUGGAAGCAAACCACGAUCUCUAUUGUGACUUUAUUUUUCUGGCUUUUGUUUAUUCAUCUGUUUGUUUUUUGAGGUUGAGUUAACCCAAACUGGCUAUUAGCCCACAGACCUCCUGCCUUGCUUCCCAAAUGCCGGGAUUACUAGUGUGCACUGCCACCCCGGCUCACGCCAUGUUUGAAGAGAAUGUCAUGAGGGAGCUGAGUGGAGAGUGAAGGGUAUAAAAGGAAAAAGAAAGGGGUUGGGGAUUUAGCUCAGUGGUAGAGUGUUUGCCUAGCAAGCGCAAGGCCCUGGGUUCGGUCCCCAGCUCUGAAAAAAAGAAAAAAAAAAAAAAAAAAAAAAGGAAAAAGAAA